CAAAAGGGGGAGAGUUUAUUACCUCACUGCUGCCAGUUUUCACAGUUUAAUCUGCCUUUUGACUGUGGAUGAGAAGCUAAAGAGCUAAAGAGCUAAAUUCCUGUUUUAACCUGCACGAAUGAAUCAAUCUGGCGAUGCACGGUGCAGAAAGUGACGAGUCAGCAGUACAAGUGCCGAGACACGAUCUGCUAUUCUAACAGCCUGAAGAUGGCUGAAAGAAACUCGGCACAAAGAAAACUUAAAGUUACAGAUUUACCUCAGCACUGAAACUGGAGACUCCUUCCAAUAAAAGUCGUGGUGGAUCCCGGAGCCUAUCCCGGGAAGACGGGGCAUGAGUUGGGAAUAUACCAUGGAUGGGAUCUGUCAGAGCUGCUGCUAUAGAAAAUGAAUCAACACCUUCUGACCAAUCAGAUCAGCGCUGUGAGAUAAACCUCACUAUGAAUUGUGAUAUUUAUGAAUAAUAUAAAAGGUAAGUGUGAGCAAUACAAGUCUGGUGUGGGGGUUUAGGAGUUAAGGAGAUAAGUGUACAGGAAUCUGCACAUUCUACCUACUUCCCUAAGUUGCAGAACCAUUCAUCUGAAAGCUCAACUCUUCACCGUGAAAUAUGACAGGAAGAUCAAACAACAGGUUUGACCUUGUAGACCGGGGAGGGCUGGCUUUUAUUGUAACGCAAUCAUUGCACGAAGGAGUGGCGUUUGUGUUUACGCUGAACACGGCAGCUCUCAUGUGGUGCACUUCGUCACAGCAUGCCUGCACUUCUCGUUGCCUCUGAGGCGUGCUUGAACACAGCCGAAACUCUCUUCCUCACUUCCUUAAAGACUGAGUGCUCGAGUCAGGGGGGAGGCGGAGCUGGACGGACUCAGCCCAGGUGAUCCAUAAGGCCGAGUUCAGGCAGCUCUCGGCUUUCAGUAGGUGUCUACAGCUUGACAAAUGGCAACCACCCGCUUUCUAGCAUGGGUCCUCGUCCUCUCUGUGACAUCCGUCCCAUCAGGUUGUUUUACACUAAACGGAGUGAAGGUCUAUGAGGUGGUUCAGCCAAUCCGACUGCAUGACCUUCAUAAGAGAGAUUUAGAGCCCAGCAGACCUGCAUCGGUGAAAUAUGCCAUGACUCUGGGUGGAAAACCCAUCGAAAUGCAUCUAGAGAGAAACGAUGGGUUUUUAACUGAAGACUACACUGAAACGUAUUACACAGACGACGGGACUCCUGUGAUAACCAAACCCCAUGAGUUGGAUCUCUGCUACUAUCAUGGGAAGAUCGUGAACGACAACAACUCGAUGGUUAGCGUGAGCACGUGUGACGGGUUACGAGGUUACUUCCAAACGGCAGAGCAGAGGUAUCUCAUCGAGCCCUUGUCCGAAGACGGCAACGGCGAUCACGCGGUGCUGAAGUACGAGGAAGUGACCGACACUCCAAUGGUGUGUGGUGUCACAAAUACCACGUGGGAGCCUGCCGAUCUUCCCCCUUACACCAGCAAGUCCAAAUCACGCUCUUCCGGGCCAACAAUGUUCCAGCAACAAAAGUACAAUGAAAUCAUCCUUGUGGUGGAUAAUAGAAUGUACAAGAAGAUGGACAGUGACAUCAACAAAGUGAGAAAGAGGAUCUUUGAGAUCGUCAACUUUGUUAAUGCUGUGUACAAACCGAUGAACACUUUUAUCGCUCUGAUCGGUCUGACAGCGUGGACAGACUCGGACAAGAUCGCAGUGACGGCACCGGCUGGCGAGACGCUGGAUAAAUUUACCACGUGGAGGAAUAAUGAACUCAUAAAGCAGAAGAAACAUGACAACGCUCAUCUGAUCACUGGGAUUGACUUGGAUGGUUCGACAGUGGGACUGGCGUUUAUUGGCACUCUGUGCUCGGGUCAUUCUACCGGCAUCAUCCAGGACCAUAAUCCACGUGCCAUAGCUGUAGGUGCCACCUUGGCCCAUGAGAUGGGACAUAACCUGGGUAUGAACCAUGACACCAGCUCGUGUGUGUGCACCGAGGCCAGCUGCAUCAUGACUGCUGCUCUCAGCUACAACAUCCCGCAACUUUUCAGUAGCUGCAGCAUCAGCCAGUAUGAGCAGUACCUGAACUCGCGGAAACCUGAGUGUCUUCUCAACAAACCGCAAGCCAAAGACCUGGUCCAGCCUCCAGUUUGUGGCAACGGCUUCCGAGAGAUUGGAGAGGAAUGUGACUGCGGCUCUGUGAAGGAGUGCACAAACCCAUGCUGCAACGCCACCUCAUGUACGCUGACAAAGGGGUCCACGUGCGCAGAAGGAGAGUGCUGUAAUGACUGUAAGAUCGCUGAUGCCACCCAGAUGUGUCGUGCCAAACAGAGUGAGUGUGACCUCCCUGAAUAUUGCACGGGUGAUUCAAGCUCAUGCCCUGAAGACGUCUUUGCUGUGAAUGGACUGCCGUGCAAGAAUGGCGAUGGCUACUGCUACAACGGGCAGUGUCCUCGACGGGAAGACCAGUGCAUCAAAAUGUGGGGGUCAGAUGCUGUAGUAGGAAGUGACUUCUGCUACAAUCAGAACACAAGGGGAAUAUACUAUGCCUACUGUACACGGCCCACCAACGACCAGUAUAUAGGGUGCCAGAAACAGGAUAUCAUGUGUGGGAAGCUUUUCUGUGAUAAAGGCCAGGCCGACCCAAACUAUGGCCGGUUGGUCCAGUUCGUCAACUGCAAAGCUACUUUCUACGGUGACCGAGACAGUGACUUUGGCCAAGUGGACAGUGGAACAAAGUGCGGUGAUGAAAAGGUGUGUAGUCAGAACCAGUGUGUCAGCUUAGAAGUUGCCUACAAGGCAACCAACUGCUCAGCCAAAUGCAAAGGCCAUGGGGUUUGUAAUCACAAGCUGGAAUGUAGCUGUGAACCUGGCUGGCUGCCACCCGACUGUGACAGGGCCAUCAGCACUGGAAUAUCUACAGGUGCAUAUAUAGGCAUCGCAGUAGCAGUCUGCAUCAUGUUGGGGGCCAUUUUAAUUGUACUGGGCAUAUAUUUCCUGAGACGUAGAAAGAGUCAUCCACGUCUAACUGGUGUUCAGAUCCAAGUGAAAGACUCUGUAAGCAGCAAUUACUCAAACCAGCCAAGAAUGAACCUUCCUCCUCAGAUCCCACCCACGGCAAUCCGCCCUAAAGCCCCUCCGCCACCACCUCCGACUAAGCCGUCUGCCCCACCCUUGACCCUGCAUACAGACUUCAGAGCGGCACAAAAGGCUCUUAGACCACCUCCACCUCCACCAAAAGUGUAAGAAAAAAAAAAAAAACAGACCCAUUUGGGAUGGUUAUAUGGAACAAAUCCAGCACAGAGUAUGAUUUAUUUUUCACAAGCUCAUGAGAACCUGAAAAGAACUGAUUAAGCAAAACGAUUGGCUAGUUCCUGGAGAUCUGCCUUACACCUUAUCCAGCUAAACAAUGGUCAGAAAAUCCUCCACUUCCUGGAUCGGGGAGUGUUGGAGCUAAACUUUGUAGGAUAGCAGAUCUCCAAGAGCAGGGUCUUGGUUGCACCCUCUAGAGGCCAACACAGGAAGCCCAAAUCCAUGUUACUGAAAUCUGACAUCUUGCACCUUGGUUUUAUACCUAAAGGCUUGUUAAAAUUAGAGAAACAGACGAACUAGUUUUAACUGAUUGUGUUCCAGGAAUAUUUUGGAGCAAUUUUGCCACUGACACUAAUCCCAAAUUCACGCCGGAUGAGUCGCUUGCAUCAAACGUCAUUGUCAAGACCUGGGACAAUUCACAAAUAACACGCCUUAGUAUUCCUGUUCUUGGAACUUCAGCAAUCGGUUAUCAUUUAUCAGUUAUGAGUAGGUCAUAUCCGGCAAUUUUUCUUUGUCUUAAGAGACUGUUUAAUGUAUAAUGAUUAAUAGUUUAAGAGCUACCAGAAUCUCUCUUCAUUACAAAGCCUACUUUGUCUAUAGAAUAAGUCUGACAUGCCUCCAAUGCACUUCUAUCAUGACCAUCGAACCACUUCUUAAAAUGGAGCUGAACAAGGUUUUGACGCGACAUGUCCGGUGUGAAUUGCCAAUCAGUCUCUGAAACUGAACUCAGGGCAAACAAAACCACUUUUAACAGCACAAUAGCCUUCAUCAUUUCUUGUAAAUACAUAAUAAACAAAUUAUUUAUUUUCCUACUAGAGUGCCAGGAGUGUCAAUGUGAGUCACUGUAGAUGUUCUAUGAUAUACUGUAUGUGUGCAAUAAAUGGGGCUGUAUUCAGAUUUUUUUUUUUUUUACAAUUUACUAAGAAAAACAUAGCAUUAACUAAAGCACUUACGUAAUAAAAACUUUCAUAUUUUGCUGCCUAAUGACGUCAAUCCUUUCUAAAUAAAAUGUACAUUACAAAGCAAUUUUACUUCCGUUCUCUGGUUUCUAACAGUAUACAGCUUAAAUAUGGCCGCUUUACAUAUAUAACUAUAACUACAUCAAGAAAAAAAUGCAUGUCUAAAAAUGUAUGACAAAAAUAUUUGUAAUAAAUACUCAGUUCCUGUG